UUCACGUGGAGCGGACCAGAAGUGACGUGUGGGGCCCCGGGAGCUGCGGGCGCGGAGGCGGACGGAGUCGGAGUCGCAGGCGCCGCGGGGUCUCCGGGACAGGGACCCCCAGUGCUACGUUUACUUUCUGUGAGGGAGAUCACAGCGGAUGACAUGGCUACCACACUAGAUUUGAAAUCAAAAGAGGAGAAGGAUGCUGAGUUGGACAAGCGGAUCGAGGCUCUGCGUAGGAAGAAUGAGGCCCUCAUACGGCGCUACCAGGAGAUCGAGGAGGACCGGAAAAAGGCUGAAUUGGAGGGCGUGGCGGUGACAGGCCCUCGGAAGAGCCGUUCUACGGAGAAGGAGAAUGUGGCAGUGGAGGAGAAGAGCCUGGGCCCCUCUCGGAGGACUCCUGGGACCCCCCGGCCCCCAGGGACCAGCAGAGGGGGCCGGACACACCCCCAGCAGGGAGGCAGGGCAGUUGUAGGCCGGACAUCCCGAGGCUGGGAGGAUGGUGCUGGGGAGCAGCUUCGAGGAGGAACUGGGGGUCGGGGCCGCAGAGGCCGGGGUCGGGGAUCCCCUCAUCUCCUAGGGGCAGGAGACAACUCAACUUCUGACCGCAAGUCCAAGGAGUGGGAGGAGCGGCGCAGGCAGAACAUUGAGAAGAUGAAUGAGGAGAUGGAGAAGAUCGCUGAGUACGAGCGCAACCAGCGGGAAGGGGUACUGGAGCCCAACCCCGUACGCAACUUCCUGGAUGAUCCCCGGCGUCGGGGCGGACCCCUGGAGGAGCCUGAGAGGGAUCGCAGGGAGGGCAGCCGCCGGCAUGGCCGCAACUGGGGAGGUUCUGACUUUGAGCGGGUGCGCUCUGGCUUGGAACACGAGAGACAGGGCCGCAGGGCCGGCCUAGGCAUUGGGGGAGACAUGACAAUGUCCAUGACGGGCCGAGAGCGGUCAGAGUACCUGCGCUGGAAGCAGGAGAGGGAGAAGAUCGACCAAGAGCGCCUGCAGCGACACCGCAAGCCCACUGGGCAGUGGCGGCGGGAAUGGGAUGCCGAGAAGACCGAUGGCUUGUUCAAGGACGGGCCAGCUCCUACGCACGAACCAUCCCAUCGCUAUGAUGACCAAGCUUGGGCGAGACCCCCUAAGCCCCCCACUUUUGGAGAGUUCCUUUCUCAGCACAAAGCAGAAAUAAAGAGCCACAGGAGGAGAAAGGACAGCAGACCCCAGGCCAAGCUGGCCCCUCGUGCCUAUAGUGACCACGAUAAUCGCUGGGAGACGAAAGAGGAAGCUGUGUCCUCAGCCCCUGAGUCCUCUCAAUCCAAGUCCCUGGAGGAGGCACCCACGCAGCAGCCUGUGGAGACCCCAGCCCCAGCCCACCGACCUCCUGAGGAGGAUGGUGAGGAAGAUGAGGGGGAAGAGGAGAGGGAAGAUGAUGAUGAGGAUGAAGAAUGGGAGGAUGUGAGUGAAGAUGUCACUGAGGAGGAGGUGGAGGAGGAGGAAGAGGAGUCUGAGGAGGAGGAAGAGGGUCCUAAGGAGCAGGAAGCCCCAGCUGUUCCUGAUCAGCCUGGAGACCCUGAGCCUGCUGGGAAGCCCACCUGUGAGCAGGCCGACCCUGCACCUGCCAGGCCCCAGGAGUCGCUGUCCCCAGACCCUGUUGAACCUCCCAGCCCCUUCUCGCCCACUGGGGACCACCAGCCUGUGUCUGACUGGGGAGGUGACCAGCCAGUCCUCGCCUCCUUGGAGAGUGGGCCAACCUUGGCAGCAGCCCCGAAGUCUGAAGAAGAGGGGCCUGAGGCAUCUCCAGAGGUGGGCCAUGAGGGCCAGGAGACAGCGGAGAUCACGGACUUCCAGAGGGUGCGUUUCUGCAAGGUGGUGGCGGCCGCUCCGCCGCCGGGGGCUGCCCGCUGA